UUGUCAUGAAUAGUGUGUCAGAGUUAGGUUUCUCUCUUUUUAAUGCUCCCUUUCUAGUGAACGCAUCAAAAUGGCUGCCCCUACAAUUUCAAAGAAGCGCAAGUUUGUCGGAGAUGGUGUGUUCAAAGCUGAAUUGAACGAAUUUUUGACCCGUGAAUUGGCUGAAGAUGGUUACUCUGGUGUGGAAGUGCGGGUCACCCCAACACGUACUGAAAUCAUCAUCAUGGCCACCCGUACCCAAAACGUUUUGGGUGAGAAGGGACGUCGUAUUCGUGAGUUGACCUCUGUUGUCCAAAAGAGGUUCAACUUCCCAGAACACACCGUGGAAUUGUAUGCUGAGAAGGUAGCCACCCGUGGUCUCUGCGCCAUUGCUCAAGCUGAAUCCUUGAGAUACAAACUUAUUGGAGGCCUUGCUGUCCGUCGUGCCUGUUAUGGUGUCUUGAGAUUCAUCAUGGAAUCUGGAGCUAAAGGUUGCGAAGUUGUUGUUUCUGGAAAAUUGCGCGGUCAACGUGCUAAGUCCAUGAAAUUCGUCGAUGGCUUGAUGAUCCACUCUGGUGACCCAUGCAACGACUACGUUGACACCGCUACUCGCCACGUGCUCCUCAGGCAAGGUGUGCUUGGAAUCAAGGUUAAAAUCAUGUUGCCGUGGGAUCCAAAUGGCAAGAUUGGACCAAAACGUCCAUUGCCAGACAACGUUUCCGUCGUCGAACCAAAAGAGGAAGCCCUUCCUCUUUUCCCAUUCAGCGACAUCAAGCCAAUCAAGCAUGAUGCUCCACCAGCUGUUGCUGUUGUUUAAGUAACAUAAUUAUUAUAAUUUCCAAUAAAAACUUGAAAAAAAAAACUUUUUAAA